AUGUAUCUUCGGAAAGGAAGAUCAAGGUUGGUGCUGCGAGCAGAGCUCAAUAUUGAUUUUCGUCUAGAAGAGGUUGAGGAGAGGUUUGACUUUUGCGCCAUUGAUACACGAUGGAUGCUCCGUCAACAUGGUCUACGACACCAUGUUGAAUCGAAUGUACUAACUGCGCCUGUCGCUGUGUGGGAUGAAAUGUUCGAGACGAACUCUUUCACGGUGGCCUACCAGCAUUGUGUUGACCCACGGUGGGGCGAUCUCCCGUUCAUUUUCGGUGAGGAUUUUUCUAUCAGACUGCAUGGAGCAGGCAUAUCGGGCCAAAAUUCGAACAACCAUAACAUGGUCCUUCCGGAGGGCGAAAAAUCA